GCUCGAGCACUCCCUCUUUUCCGACAACGCAUCGAGCCGACGAGGACGGCGGAUGUGGAGCCAUGGCGACGGGAAAAGCAGCCAAAUUGGAGCCAGACAAUGCUGAAGAGGCGGCGGCGGCGGGCGGGGGCGAGGGCCAGGGGGAUGGGGAGGGCACGGGCACGGGCACGGGCGGCCAGACGCCCGCGAGCCCCGCGCAGAGCGCCACGGGCACCGCCGGGGCCGGGGCCGUGAGUGCUUACUUCACGAAUCUGGCCGAUAAUAUUGUGAGCGUUCCCCCGUAUCUCGGAAGAGCGCGAACCGUCCAGGUCUGUAAGAGCCGAGACAAAGAAAACUUAUUAGGAGAAAUAAUUGAUUUGAAAGAAGCGCUUUUGAAUGGUGAGAUCCAUCUCGCCGAACACAGACACGAGUACGUGAGACGUGUUGCGGAAAAUCGGAAGUUGGAAAGGCGGGUCCAAGAUUUGGAGCUCGCGGGAAAUUACGACGCCCCACGCACGGGCGGUGUAUGCCGACUGGAGGCAAGAGCCAGAGGUCUGGAAGCCCAGUACGAACUUCUGACUGACACUAUCGCUCUCCGGAAGCAUACCGAACUUUACGAGUUAUCGAGAAAUCUCAACACAACGAGAACCAGAGAGGUGAAGAUCGAACGAGACGUUUGUGCCAGCGAGAUUGGAAGACUGAGGAUGGUCCUGAACCAUCUGAAGCUACUGUACGCAAAAGCCCAGGAGGAAAACGGAGACUGGAUUAUGUGCAAAAAACACCUCGAGAAGCUUACAAUUAUUAACCCCAAGCUCCAGAAAACAGUUGACAGUUUGCAAGAGAGCGUGAAGAAAGGUAAGGCUGACAUCAAGGCCAUGAAGGCCAAGGCCAAAGAGGCCGCCUCAACUAUCAAGAGGGCGCAGAGCAAGUACUCGUCGCUGGAGUCGCAGAUCUCAGGGCUGGGCUCACAGAUCAAGAGCGCAGAGGACACUAAGAAGCAGAAGCUGAGAAAGCUCCAUCAAGUUGGCUUCGAACGGAUGAAAUUUAAUAAGCAGUUCAAGGAUGAAAAUCCUAACGUUUCGCUUGGCACCAAGUCAUAACCGAGAUGAUGAUGUAUCGACCUCAUUUUGAGAGGCCUGGUUUGCGAUUUGGACUGCCUUGGCAGUCUACCCAGCUAGCUCGAACGUCGCUUGGGCCAAGAUUAGAGUCAUUGACUAGCUCCAGGUUGAAGGCGUCGGUCGGCCAACGGCAUUGUAUCAUAAAAGCUUCAUUCUUGGAAAAGUGUUUUUUCUUUUGGAUACAUCAAAGAGCAUUGCUUUGUUGGAAGAAUUUUCUUGUCACUGGACUUUCGACGCAGUGCAUGGGUGCUAUUCGGAUCCAAACUAGGGUAGAAGAAUUUACCGCUUCUCCGAUCCUCAGGAAACACUACCGUGGACAGCUGGAUUGUGGUGUGACGUUGAUUCUGAGGCAGAUGAGUAAUUGACCUGGGAAUCUUGACCUGCACAACUACGUAUUUUUCCAAAAAUCCUUGGAAGGACGAGGAAGGUAUAGAAAGUCGACUUAGGACAUCCAUUCGAUGGGCAAACUUGCGAUCUUGAUAGGCUCAUCUCAAAGAAUUUAGGUGAAGGUGCUUUCAAUCUAUGCAGAAUCUGGGUGGCUCACGGUUUUUCUUCCUCUAUUCCAUUAUCCUCCAAGGUUGAAUGCACAAAGCUCUCACGACGCACCGCAUCCAACACAGCUUGCUUUGUGAAAGCCCAUACCAAGAGUACGCGGGAAAUCUCUAAAAUUCUAGCACUCAUUCACCAUGUAAAAACGUCGGAGAUACGAAACGGAUGUGCGGUGCCGUGCUCCUAGCCUCAAGGAACACUCAAAACUUUAUCAGACGACUCCAAUAGAAAACAUCUGAUGACGACAAGCAAAAGACUCUGCUUUUCAAAUCUAAGAAAACUUUAAGAUCUACCUGAUGUAAAGUAAAAAAACAAACAAUCUUCACUGCCUACUUCUUCGCUUUCUUAUGUAGCCGUUUAUCCUCUCGCUUAUCUCCCCGUUUGUUCUUCUUCCCACCUUUAUCCUUUUGCUCCUUGGCCUUCUCCUUAGGCUGCUCUUUCGUUCCUUUCACGCUCAGGAAUCCGCUCUUCGGCAACUUCCCACCACCCUUCUUCAAAGCUUCGUCAAAAUCAGCUUCUCUUCCUGAAAUUGCAAAUUGCUGAAGGUUCUCGGGUUGAAGGAGUGACUCCAUCUUCUCCAUCAUGUUAG